AAGCCUUAAAAUCUUCAAGCCCCCACACUCCAAUACAACCAACUUUUCCUGCUCUCUCUCUCUUUAAUCAUAUUUCUUUGAUUUGAUUAAAGAAAGAGAGAAACAUUCAUAUUUCCUUUGUUCUCAAUCAAUCUCCUCUGUUGUUGCGUUUCUUGAAUCUCUGUGUGUGUUGGAACCCAGAAAAGGAUCUAUGGCGACCAUUAAUGGGUACACUGAGACUGCUCAAAGCUACCAAGCCAAUGGCAAUAAUACUCGGGUGAAUGCUGCGGCGUCUCCGCCGAAACAGCCUCACCCUCCGGAAAAGAGCGUUAAUUCUCAGUCUGUUCUUAAAAGGUUGCAGUCUGAGUUGAUGGCCUUAAUGAUGAGUGGGGAAUCUGGGAUAUCUGCCUUCCCUGAGGAAGACAAUAUAUUCUGCUGGAGAGGGACAAUUAAUGGAAGCAAAGAUACAGUGUUUGAAGGAACAGAAUACAAGCUGUCCUUCUCGUUUCCAAAUGACUACCCAUUUAAGCCCCCAAAGGUCAAGUUCGAGACAUUCUGCUUCCAUCCCAAUGUGGACAACCAUGGAAAUAUUUGCUUGGACAUUCUUCAGGAUAAAUGGUCAUCUGCUUAUGAUGUGAGAACCAUCUUGUUAUCAAUCCAAAGUCUGCUUGGUGAACCAAACGUUAGCUCACCUCUAAACUCCCAAGCAGCCCAGCUCUGGAGCAAUCAAGAAGAUUAUAGGAAGAUGGUGGUGAAGUUGUACAAGCCUCCAACUGUUUAGUUUCAUGUGUUAGGAGUUUCUCAGUUGAAGUUAUAGAAGCCUCUCUUUCUCCUUUGGUCUUUCUUUUUGGAGAAGAGAGACUGAAUUUCUUCUUCUUUUUUUCAUUUACUGUGGGUUACAUUUUUUUCUUCUUUGAUCUUGUUGGAAACUCAUGGUCCUUGCUGAUGAAUGAAUGUUACAAUUGUUGUUUACAGUC